AUGGAGGUAUGGAUCAAGGGGGAUGGAUAUUCUCACCUUGGCGAUCUAGCGGUACGCAGUGAGAUCGAUGAACGACGAGCGCUCUUGCUGCUCCGCUUAUUGGAUUUUCUUCGACGAGAUACGGAACGGGAUCUUGAGCGGGAUCUUGAGCGGGAUCUCGAGCGGGAUCUCGAGCGAGAUCUCGAGCGAUCCGCUGCCUUGACGACUUUCUUAUUGCGAGGAGUGAAACGUCCUUUGGCAUCACGUUGUCUCAACUGCAUCUCGAACACCAGUUGA